ACUAUACUAACGAGAAGAUAACAUGUGACCGUCACCAUCUGUCACACCUGUUAACCUUAACCCUUGACCCCCACACAAAUGUAAUUAAUCUGUUAACCCUUGACUUCAACCAACCGUCACACAUUUUUCUCUCACAGGACUCCUUACUGUCUGCCUCCUUUUCCCUUCCUUUUCAUAGUUGUAGGGUCCAUCUGCAUCCAAACUGUGGCGUUGGCUGGGUCUUCUUCAUCAUUCCACAUUCAUCGAAGCUCCACUAGAAAGUUUCAGAAAGUUUAACUACUUUCUCUCCACUUUUUCAGGCAAAUAUAAAAGAGUGAACGGGGGGAACACAUGCAGUUUUUAUCCUAUUCUAACGGGACAUUUUGUGAGCAGUUCACACUAAUACAUUUUGUAGACAGUACAGCAGUGGGACUUAAUUAGGUUUGAGUGUUAGAGUUCUUCCAAUUUAUUACUUGACUAAUUUCUCAAGUGUUUCAGACAAUUUUCAGGUUCCAAAAUCACCACUCAGCGCAGCAGAAGAAGCAUCCCCUGAGACCAACCUUUCACCAUGGUUGUCCCAAAAUCACCAGACAGGACAUUGUCCCAAAGCAGCCAUUUGGGAACACAUGGCAGUCAGCACUAUGGCUCAGUCCAAUCCGUCUCCCAGCUCUCUGGAAGCCAUUGUGGCUCUCAUGGAAGUUUAUCUCCAGUCAGUGAUGGUUUGGAGGGCGAAUCUCAGGACUGCAAUUCUGGUGCCGUUUGUGCUGGCCGGACUCGGGACGGUUUCUGCUGGGAUGCUGCUUGAUGUUGUGCAGAGCUGGGAUGUUUUCCAGGAGAUCUCUGAGAUCUUGAUUCUGGUCCCAGCUAUUUUAGGUAUGAAAGGGAACCUGGAAAUGACUAUGGCAUCGAGACUGUCCACUGCUGUAAAUGCCAGGAAAACUGAUUCUACCAAAGAAAGGUGGAUGCUGAUUGGUGGAAACCUUGCACUUAAACAGCUCCAAGCCACAGUUUUGGGUCUGUUGGCUUCUCUUAUGGUGACUCUGCUGGGUUGGAUGGCAGAUGGACAGAUGCCCUUCAGCCAUAUAGUACUCCUUUGUUCAACAAGCGUCUCUACUACCUUUUUGGCAUCACUGCUACAAGGCAUUGUUGUUGUGGGAGUGAUCUUUGGCUCCAAGCGGAUGGGGAUCAAUCCUGAUAAUGUGGCCACGCCCAUAGCAGCCAGUUUUGGCGAUCUAAUUACGCUUUCUUUGUUGGCGUGCUUUAGUCAGUGGUUCUACUCUUUUAUGGAGUUUUAUCCAUAUGUGUUGUACCUGGUGGAUCUUCUGUAUUUGUGUCUGAUUCCUGUCUGGAUGGUGAUCUCCUCCAAACAUCCUGCCAGUCACAUCCUGCUCCGUUCAGGCUGGGAACCAAUCAUUACAGCCAUGGUCAUCAGCAGUAUUGGAGGGCUUAUUCUGGACAAGACUGUGUCAGAUCCAAACUUGAUUGGAAUUGUAGUUUAUGCACCGGUAAUAAAUGGUGUGGGCGGGAACCUGGUGUCCGUACAAGCUAGUCGAAUUUCAACUCAUCUGCAUUUGAAUUACUCUCCUGGAGAGCUCCCUGUGGGCUCCAGAAGUUGUUUCAACCCCUUUCAAACCUUCUUUGGCUCAGGUGCACACCACCGAUCUGCUCAGGUUCUGCUCCUUUUGGUUCUUCCUGGUCAGCUGAUUUUUGUACACAUUAUUCAUGUGAUAAAAGGAGGCCUAACGCUGCCCAGUCUUCUUUUCACUGUAUUAUUCCUAUCUGCUUCUUUGACACAGGUCUUCUUGCUGCUUAUUGUUGCUGACUGUCUGGUCCACUGUCUGUGGAGGAGGGGCAAAGACCCAGACAGUUACUCCAUACCCUACCUCACAGCCCUGGGAGAUCUUCUGGGAACGGCUCUCCUCUCACUUGCUUUUCUCUUGCUGUGGUGUAUUGGAAACUCAUGAAGUGUAUGGAUUAAAGAUAAUAACCAAACAAUGAGAAGCCCAGGCAAAGACAUAGAACAGCAAAAUCUUCUUAAAACUCAUUGAGGUGAGAAGGAGAAAACAAAGUGUCAGAAAAAUGGUUAGCAGAUGUACUGCAAAGAGAAUGUUUAUUGUAGGGCUAAGAUCUAACCCUAACAGCAAAAAUAGGUUUUAAUUUAUUCUUGAAGAAAGUUUGAUACAUACUUGUCUCUAACUUCUCUGUAGCUUUAGGUGAUAAUCUAUAUUGAACAUUAAACGUUAGUAUUUAAAAUACUAAUAACACUAAUAAGGGAUUUACAGAAGAGCAUUGAUGCUUGCGUUGCUUAACAACCUUCAAGUCCCAAGAUAAAUAAAGGGCUGAGGCCUGGGGCUUUUAUUAUGGGGGUGCAACUACGUACCAGCAGAAAUGCUCUUUCCGGGCGUGCCGUGGUGGCGUAGCGGUUAGAGCGACCCGUAUUUGGAGGCCUUGAGUCCUCGAC